AUGUCGCCCGGAAGAACAAUCGGACGUCUAUUGUCCAGCCAAACUUUGAGCUCUACUUCCCAAUAUUCAUCUCGCAUUGGUUUCAGAUCUUUCACACAGCACCGCAUGGGUUCUUCUGCAGCAGCCGUAGCCGCGGAGGCCGACACCGCAGCCGCUCAAGCAAGCUACAAGAUUGUCCAAGACGCAGGCAACUUUGACGAGAUUCAAGCAAAGCGCCCAGACUUUGACCACUCAAAACCAAUUGAAGUUACCAAGACUCCCAAUCCCAAUUGGGAGUAUGGCCAAGGAGUUCCGGAUGCCAAUCUCGCACAAAAGCACCAUGAGAUCGACCCUUAUGCCUCGGAUCGACCAAUGAUCAACAACUACCGGUUGCUAGUGUCGGGGAUCGCACCACGACCGGUAGGAUUCCUCAGCACAGUAAACUCCAAGGGAGAAAAGAAUUUGUCACCAUUCAGCUAUUUCCAAGUCAUUGAUCACGAUCCCCCAAUGUUCAUCGUUGGAUUCUCAUCUCGGCCAGGCCGUGUUAAAGACACAUAUCGCAACUUGAAAGAGACUGGGGAAUGUGUCAUAAACACCGUCUCAGAGAACAUGAUCGAAGCCGUCAAUUCGACUUCCAUUGACGCGCCAUACGGCGUGUCAGAGUGGGAUGUUUCGGGUCUCCAUGAGGCGCCGUCCAGCACCGUGAAAGCGAGUCGUGUCGCAGAGUCUGUGUUCAAUAUCGAAGGCAAGGUCAUUGAUAUCAAGGAGUUUGAGGAUCACCAAAAACCGGGUAUGAGCAUUGCCGCUACUGUGCUUAUCAAGGCUACUCGGUUCUGGGUGAAGGAGGGCACUGCGAAUGAGGAUUAUAGCCAUAUCGAUUUGGAGAAAUUGCGGCCGGUCGGUCAACUUGGUGGCAUGUCCUAUGGUCGGAUUACUUCGACUUUUGAGCAGCCGCGCAAGAAGUGGAGUGAUGAGGCGCCCAAGAGUGAGAUUCUGGCGGAGCUUGAUGCGGCGAAACCUGUCGAUAAAUGA